CAAUAAUUCACUCUCUUGAUGUGUUACAAGACACCAAAGCCAUAGAUCCUAUUUUAAGUUCCUACCUCAUUAGUCCUUCUUCAGUCCUAGGAAGCCGGUCUUCUCUUUAAUUUGUCAACCUUGGCAACCUCAUCCAUGUUAUUCAGGUAUAUAUUCCCAACCUUCACCCUUACUCAUUCCCCCUUCCUCAUUCCUUCCCUUUCUUUUCUCAAUAAUAUAUCAGCCAUACUUCUUUUCUUUGCUUCUCUUCCUCUCUUCUCCCUCCAACCAAGAAAUAUAUCAAGAAGGCUACUGAUUGAAAUUAAGAUCAUAAGCCAAAGCAAUUAUUUAUCAUGGAGAAGGAGGAUAGUUGUGACACAGGCCUUUCUCUUGGACUGGGUUUGCCUGCUAACCUCCGUCGGCGACAACCGAAGCCUCCGCCACCUCCGCUAGAGCCAUCUCUCACCCUUAGUCUCUCCGAAGAAAUCUAUGGCUCCACGACGACGCCCAAGGAGGCUAGGCUAUCGUCUCCCCAUAGCACGAUUUCUUCUUUCUCAACUACUAAUUACAUCAAGAAGGAGAAACUGGAUGUUGGUGGUGAGGAGACAGAGGUCGAGAGAGGCUCUUCCUUAUUGCGUUCGAGGGAAGAGGAUGACGAAGCCGCCGCAAGGAAGAAGCUGAGGCUCACCAAGGAGCAGUCUGCCCUUUUGGAGGACAGGUUCAAGGAGCAUAGCACUCUUAAUCCUAAACAGAAGCAAACGCUGGCCAAGCAAUUGAAUCUAAGAGCAAGGCAGAUUGAAGUUUGGUUUCAGAACAGAAGAGCAAGGACCAAGUUAAAGCAGACAGAGGUGGACUGUGAGUUCCUGAGAAGGUGCUGUGAAACCCUUACAGAGGAGAACAGAAGGCUACAGAAGGAGCUUCAAGAGCUAAGGGCCAUCAAGUUCUCAGCUCCCCCGCCGCCUCUUUUCAUGCAGCUUCCGGCCGCCACCCUCAUGGUUUGCCCGUCAUGUGAGAGGAUCGCCGGAGCGGGCGUUGGAGCAGCCAACAAGGCAGAUGGCAAAGAUAUCAGCGGCGGCUCGUUCAUGAAGCCCACGCAACAUUUAUUUAAUCCCUUUGCUCACUCUGCUACUUGUUAGCUUUAAUUGGCGAGUUCUGAAGCAGCUUGAAUUGAAGAAACAGAACCCACGGGUCUUUGUUAUUUGUUUUCAUAACUAAAGUUUGGGAGCUGAAUAAUUAGCUUAGAAGAAGAAGGAAAAUAUAGUAGAUUUGCUCUGCUGUUGUUUCGAUUAGUGGUAGUUUCAAGCCAGCCUCUGCCAUAUGUGUUAGUUUGAUCAGUACUUUGUAAAAAGGAAGAAAAAACUGUACUUCUCAAUCAUUAUUUAUGCAGAUAGGUGCUUCAAACUAAUGUACAGAAAGCAAGAAUAAUAGUAUUGCUUUCUUAUUAUUGAUACAGACAGGUAGACAUGCACUUGAUUAAUUUCUCUCCUUAUGUACAAAAGAAUCAUAUAUGCUACCCAUGCUUGAUUGUUACCCUUUUUAACUUCUGAAGAAUGAAAUUUUCUUUUUAUGACAA